UCGUGACCAUAAAUGGAUACGUCCAGCAAUCGAGCUGUUUUGCAUAGUUGGAAGUGUCGCGGGACGUGUUACCAAGCUUGUCCGCUUGUGUCUGUCCCAUCUGCGGCUCACGUUUCAGCCUGUUGUCACCGGUAGACUGUCACUCGCUGAUCGUCGUCAUUUUUUUUUUCUCUCUCUUCCAUCGCGUUCCUGCGCCUACUCCCCGCUGUUGUAAGCCCUGCGGAGGAGGGUGUUUUCAUUCUAGUGGUGGUUGGAGCGUCUCUCCUCAGCAGCCAUGUCGGGCUUCAAUCUGCUCCAUCUAAUAAGCAAGAGUCAGCCUGUGACUCUGAGGUCCUGCAGUCUUCCCUCAGGAGCUGCCCGAAGCAAGAAGACAUGGCCCGUGACCUUCUCUCAGGAGGAGAUGAAGAAACGUCUCACGCCCAAGCAGUAUCAUGUGACCCAGGAGCGAGGAACAGAAAGCGCCUUCACAGGAGAGUUCACGUACCACAAUGAAGAGGGAACCUACACGUGUGUCGUGUGCGGGGCGCCAUUGUUCAGCUCCAAAUCCAAAUUUGACUCAGGAUCAGGCUGGCCUUCCUUCUUUGACCUUGUGAAACAGGAGACCAUCGCUGUGUCAGAUGAUUUCUCCUAUGGCAUGCAUAGAGUGGAGACCACCUGUGGCCAGUGCGGAGCCCAUCUUGGACACCUGUUCGAUGACGGCCCAAAACCCACCGGAAAACGUUACUGCAUCAACUCGGCCUCGCUGUCGUUCCAACCUAAAGAUGUUGAGGGGGCCUCUGGCUCCGCCUCCACGGGUGCCGCCGCCGACUCCUCGAUGGCCGAGGGGAGGACGGAACUGUAAAAACCCAGCAAGGGCUCAGACGUCGUGCGGGUUUGAAUCAAGGGGUGCAGGUUUGACUUCUAUGUAGAAGAGAAUUUACUCACAGAUGGAUGAUGUCCUUUUACACAGACACACGCCCGUUUAUUUUUAAUAUACUAGAGUAUAUUUUGAUUGUAACUUUGAUGAUAUUUGAUGCUUUUAAGGUGCAAAUAUAGUUCUCAGGCAGAGCAUUUGGAUUGUGUGUGAUGUGAACACUAUUUUGUAUUUCUCCCUAACUGAUAUUUUUGUUUUUUUUAACAGCUUGAAGUGAGACAUUCAAUUGAUGAAUAAAAAAAGCUCCCCAGA